UUCCGCCAGGCCCGCCUCGGCCGGGGGAGCGCGGCGCCGCGAUGUGGCUGGGCCCGGAGGAGGUGCUGGUGGCCAACGCGCUGUGGGUGACGGAGCGCGCCAACCCCUUCUUCGUGCUGCAGCGGCGCCGCGGCCACGGCAAGGGCGGCGGCCUCACGGGUCUUCUUGUGGGCACCCUGGAUGUGGUGCUGGACUCCAGCGCCCGGGUGGCCCCAUACCGCAUCCUGCACCAGACCCAGGAUUCACAGGUCUAUUGGACAGUGGCGUGCGGUUCUUCCCGAAAAGAGAUCACAAAACACUGGGAAUGGCUGGAAAAUAACUUACUCCAGACGCUGUCCAUCUUUGACAAUGAGGAAGAUAUCACCACCUUCGUCAAGGGCAAGAUACACGGCAUCAUCGCAGAAGAGAACAAGAACGUGCAGCCCCAGGGAGAUGAAGACCCUGGGAAGUUCAAGGAGGCCGAGCUGAAAAUGAGGAAGCAGUUCGGGAUGCCCGAGGGGGAGAAGCUGGUCAACUACUACUCCUGCAGCUACUGGAAGGGCCGAGUGCCGCGGCAGGGCUGGCUCUACCUGACAGUCAACCACCUUUGCUUCUACUCUUUUCUGCUGGGCAAGGAGGUGAGCCUGGUGGUGCAGUGGGUGGACGUCACGCGGCUGGAGAAGAACGCCACACUGCUCUUCCCCGAGAGCAUCCGCGUGGACACGCGGGACCAGGAGCUCUUCUUCUCCAUGUUCCUCAACAUCGGGGAGACCUUCAAGCUCAUGGAGCAGCUGGCCAACCUGGCCGUGCGGCAGCUGCUGGACAGCGAGGGCUUCCUGGAGGAGAGGGCGCCGCCCAGGCCGCCGCGGCCACACAGGAACAUCUCGGCGCUGAAGCGAGACCUGGAUGCUCGAGCCAAGAACGAGUGCUACCGUGCCACGUUUCGGCUGCCCCGGGACGAGCGCCUGGACGGCCACACGAGCUGUACGCUGUGGACCCCGUUCAACAAGCUGCACAUCCCCGGCCAGAUGUUUAUCUCCAGCAACUACAUCUGCUUCGCCAGCAAGGAGGAGGAUGCUUGCCACCUUAUCAUACCCCUGCGGGAGGUGACCAUUGUGGAAAAAGCUGACUGCUCCAGCGUCCUGCCCAGCCCUCUGUCUAUUAGCACUAAGAGCAAAAUGACCUUUCUGUUCGCCAACCUGAAAGACCGUGAGUUCUUGGUUGAGAGGAUCUCUGACUUCCUCCAGAAGAUGCCAUCCAAGCCGUCAGGAGGCAGCCGAGCAGAGAGGAAAGCCAGCAUCGUGGACGCAGCCCCAGAGCCUUCCCCAGCGCCCCAGGAGCUGUCAGAACAGCCUGCCAGCCCGACCUCACCCCUCGGUGGCCUCCAAGGGGGCCGUGCACAGGAGGCACCAACCGCCUCCCAGGGACUGCUCAGACUCUUCCAGAGAAAUACGCCCAUGGAGGACCUGGGCGCCAAGGGGGCCAAGGAGAAGAUGAAAGAGGAGUCAUGGAACAUCCACUUCUUCGAGUUCGGGCGCGGCAUGUGCAUGUACCGCACAGCGAGAACGCGGGAGCUGGUGCUGAAGGGCAUCCCCGAGCGCCUCCGCGGGGAGCUCUGGCUCCUCUUCUCCGGGGCCUGGAAUGAGAUGGUGACUCACCCCGGCUACUAUGCCGAGCUGGUGGAGAAGUCCAUGGGCAGGUACAGCCUGGCCACAGAGGAGAUAGAGCGAGACCUCCACCGCUCGAUGCCCGAGCACCCUGCCUUCCAGAAUGAGCUUGGGAUCGCGGCCCUCCGCAGGGUGCUGACCGCCUACGCUUUCCGGAACCCCACCAUCGGCUACUGCCAGGCCAUGAACAUCGUCACCUCGGUGCUCCUGCUCUAUGGCAGCGAGGAGGAGGCCUUCUGGCUGCUGGUGGCCCUCUGCGAGCGCAUGCUACCCGACUACUACAACACCAGGGUGGUGGGGGCCCUGGUGGACCAAGGCAUCUUCGAAGAGCUCACAAGAGACUUCCUGCCCCAGCUCUCCAAAAAGAUGCAGGACCUGGGUGUGAUCUCCAGCAUCUCUCUCUCCUGGUUCCUGACCCUCUUCCUCAGUGUCAUGCCCUUUGAGAGCGCGGUGGUCAUCGUGGACUGCUUCUUCUAUGAGGGCAUCAAGGUGAUCCUGCAGGUGGCCUUGGCCAUCCUGGAUGCCAACAUGGAGCAGCUGCUGGGCUGUGGCGACGAAGGCGAGGCCAUGACCGUCCUGGGCAGAUACCUGGAUAAUGUGGUCAAUAAGCAGAGUGUCUCUCCUCCUAUCCCACACCUCCAUGCCCUGCUGACCAGCGGAGAUGACCCUCCUGAAGAGGUGGACAUCUUUGACCUCCUGAAGGUGUCAUAUGAGAAAUUCAGCAGCCUGAGGGCGGAGGACAUUGAACAGAUGCGGUUUAAACAGAGGCUUAAAGUGAUCCAGUCCUUGGAGGAUACAGCCAAGAGGAGCGUGGUCCGAGCUAUACCUGGGGACAUUGGUUUCUCAAUUGAAGAACUGGAGGACCUUUACAUGGUGUUUAAGGCCAAGCACCUCGCAAGUCAGUACUGGGGGAGCAGCCACCCCUCCGCCGUGCGUCGGGACCCCAGCCUGCCCUACCUGGAGCAGUACCGCAUUGACGCACACCAGUUCCGGGAACUCUUCGCCAGCCUGACGCCCUGGGCCUGUGGUGCCCACACAGCUGUGCUGGCAGGGCGGAUGUUUCGGCUUCUGGAUGAAAAUAAGGACUCGCUGAUCAACUUCAAGGAGUUUGUGACGGGGAUGAGUGGGAUGUACCACAGGGACCUGACGGAGAAGCUCAAGUUUCUCUACAAGCUGCACUUGCCUCCAGCCCUGAGCCCCGAGGAGGCUGAGUCGGCCCUGGAAGCAGCCCAUUACUUCACUGAGGACAGCUCCUCGGAAGAAGUAUUACAGCAGGAGGAGCGAGAGGAAGCUGGAAAUGACAUCCAAGAUAAAAGAAGAGAGGAGAAGGGAACUAGCCCUCCUGACUACCGGCACUACCUUCGAAUGUGGGCCAAGGAGAAAGAGGUUCAAAAGGAGACGAUCAAGGAUCUUCCCAAGAUGAACCAGGAGCAAUUCAUUGAGUUGUGCAAGACACUUUACAACAUGUUCAGCGAAGACCCCAUGGAGCAGGACUUGUACCAUGCUAUCGCCACGGUGGCCAGCCUGUUACUCCGCAUCGGGGAGGUGGGGAAGAGGUUUUCUGCAUGGCCAGGCAGAAAGUCCAGAGACAGUGCCCCCGAUGAGGAUGAGCCACCAGCCCCAGACCCCCCUCAAGACCCAGCCUGGGAACUUCAGCCACCAGCUGCAGGGGACCCCCAAGCCAAAGCAGGUGGAGACACCCACCUUGGGAAAACACCACAGGAGAGCCAGGUGGGGGGCGAAGGGGGCGGCGGUGAAGGGCGGGGCUCUCCCUCCCAGCCUCUGUCUGAUGACGAAGCCAAAGACGACAUGUCCAUGUCCUCCUACUCCGUGGUCAGCACCGGCUCCCUGCAGUGUGAGGACCUGGCUGACGACACAGUGCUGGUGGGUGGGGAGGCUCGCAGCCCCGUGGCCACCACCCACGGUGGGGGUGUGGUUGACACAGACUGGUGCAUCUCAUUCGAGCAGAUCCUGGCCUCCAUCCUGACAGAGUCUGUGCUGGUGAACUUCUUUGAGAAGAGGGUAGACAUUGGACUCAAGAUCAAGGACCACAGGAAGGUAGAGAGACAGUUCAGCACCUCCAGCGACCAUGAGCAGUCUGUGGUUUCGGGCUGAGGGCUCCAAGGCUGCUCUUCCCUCCUUCCCUUUGUUUUCUUCUUAAGGACACAUCCCUCCAGUUCUCCCCAGAAGAAUUGAGUUGUAAAUGGAAAGAAGGCUGAACAGUCACAGUUGGGGCCAAGGCAGGGGGUGUCCCAGCCCCUAAUUCUGCCUUGAGCCUCCUGGCCCCUGCAGAGUGUCGGGGGCUCUGUGAUCUGCCCUUGCUUGCCCUGCACUGUGGCCAGGCCACACCCUGUCCUCCUCCUCCUCCUCCCCUGCAGCUGUGUGCUCUGGGGGCUUUCCUGCCACUGGGCACCAGGUAGGGAGGUGGUGUGCCUAUCGGGCACCAACGUGGUGAGAGCUUCGAGAUGCCUUCCAGGAGCCCCAAGCCUGCAUCUGGUUGAGGACACAGGCAGAAAGCAUCUACUGCAUCAGGGUGGGUUACCUCCUGCAGAUGUUCCUCUCAAUUCUCUUUCAGCUCGUCAUCCUCACCAUUAACCUUAAAAACAUAUCCCUCGGGUCCUGAUAUGUCUCCUUGUAUUCAUUUCAGUUGGCUAAAAAGAACCACACUAUGCUCAAUGCCUUAAUAAAUCCCUGAAAGAAUGAAAAGCCA